UGUGUUGCUCUCUGAUGAGAAGGAAGCUGUCUGGAACUCUGGAAAUCUGGCUGUGAUUGCUCUUCAAAAGCAAGAGGCAUCUUUUGUGGACUGAAGUUUCAGAAAGAAUGUUUCAGACAUUUAAAGAAUGGUUUUGGUUGGAAAGAUUCUGGCUUCCUCCAACAAUAAAAUGGUCAGAUCUUGAAGAUCACGAUGGACUCGUCUUUGCAAAACCCUCUCAUUUAUAUAUGACAAUUCCAUAUGCUUUUGGCUUGCUGAUUAUUAGACAUUUCUUUGAAAAGUUUAUUGCUCUACCUCUAGCAAAAACACUUGGCAUUAAAGAGAAAGUUCGAAAGAUUAUACCAAAUACCAUCUUAGAGAAUUUUUUCAAACAUUCCGCAAGGCAACCAUCUCAAACUGAUAUUUAUGGACUGGCAAAGAAGUGUAAUUUGACAGAGCGCCAGGUGGAAAGAUGGUUUAGGAGUCGGCGGAAUCAAGAGAGGCCUUGCAGGAUAAAGAAAUUCCAGGAAGCUUGCUGGCGAUUUGCAUUUUACUUAAUGAUUACUGUUGCUGGAAUUGUAUUUCUUUAUGAUAAGCCUUGGGUAUAUGACCUAUUGGAGGUUUGGAAUGGCUAUCCCAGACAGCCCUUGCUGCCAUCCCAGUACUGGUACUACAUUUUGGAGAUGAGUUUUUAUUGGUCUCUUGUAUUUAGCCUUGGCUCUGAUGUCAAGAGGAAGGAUUUUCUAGCUCAUGUCAUCCACCACCUGGCUGCUAUUAGUUUGAUGAGCUUCUCUUGGUGUGCUAAUUAUAUUCGCAGUGGGACCCUCGUGAUGAUUGUGCAUGAUGUGGCUGACAUUUGGCUGGAGUCUGCUAAGAUGUUUUCUUAUGCCAGAUGGAGGCAAACCUGUAACAUCUUGUUUUUCAUCUUCUCCGCUGUGUUUUUCAUCAGCCGCCUCAUUAUUUUUCCUUUCUGGAUUUUAUAUUGCACGCUGAUUCUGCCUAUGCACUACCUCGAGCCUUUCUUUUCAUACAUCUUCCUCAACCUCCAGCUCAUGGUCCUGCAAAUCCUUCACCUUUACUGGAGUUACUUCAUCCUGAAGAUGCUCAUAAGAUGUAUGUUCUUGAAGGACAUGCAGGAUGUGAGGAGUGACAAUGAGGAUGAGGAGGAAGAGGAGGAGGAGGAAGAGGAGGAAGAGAAUAUCAAAGGCAAAGAGAAAGACUCUUUGAAGAACGGCCUCGGAGCCAACAGGACCCUCAUUCCCAACGGUCAGCAUGGCCAUUAGCUUGAAACCCACAUAGCUCCUGGGGCACAGUGCGCUGCAAGGGUUCCUGGAGGCUGGAAGUGCUCCCCCCAUCUCUGUGGCCUAUAGGACCCCAGGGACCCCAGAUUCUGCCCUUCCCUUUUCCUGACCACCACCUUCCUCUCCACCCCCACAAGAUGUGUUUAACAAAAUGUCGUUAACUUGUGUUAAAAUGUUAAAUAUAAGCAUCCCCAUGGAUUUUACUGCAGUUAGGACUCAGACUGGCCAAAGAUUUCAAGAUUUCUCCAGAGAACCGUUUCAGUUCUGAUUGUGUUCAUUCACGCAUUUGAGACGUUUGGCUUUUUUAGGAGCUCACUUCAUUGCAGGCUUUUCUCCUUCCCACCUUGCCUCUCCUCAGGAUGGUUAAAGAAGCACUGAGUUGACCCACUUUUUCUGGGUAUGUUUGGCCACAGAGAAUAGCUCAUCUCCCAAGAAUGAGCUAGAGGUGGCGAUGGGACAGUGGCAGAAGGCCCGAACCAGGAACUGGAUUUCCAGGGCUCACGGGCCACUUGCAGGUUUUAAACCUUCCAAGCCUUGGUGCUCCAUCUCUCCAGUGGGACAGUGCCCCCUGCCCUGCCUACCUCACAGGUAGGGUCGGAGGAAGAAUCCCAUGAGAUAAUAUCAGAAGUGAACGUGCAGGCUGCCAACUGGGGUGUUCUUGUUACCUGACCCUCGUUUCACUGUGAUUCCAGCUCUGCUGGGGAGAGAGAAACCUGGCUAAACAUGGCACUGAAUGGGCCUGAAUGAAAGACACGAUCUUAAAAAACAUUCCUUUUAAAUGUGUCUAGAGAUACCUGGAAAUGCAAAUACCUAGAAGGUUGUUUCCGUUUUAUUUGAUGACUAUUUAUUUGUUAGCAGCCCAAAGGUAAUUCUCAAAUUCCCAGGAAUUCUCCUCCCUUAGGCCCAGUGGCCCAGGGGAGGUAGUUUGGGUGCCAUUCCUUCUUGUCUUUUGCUGGUCUCUCACUGUUUUCCCUGCUGCUGCCCUGAGCCCCUCCCUGAGCUUCAGUGGCCGUUGGGUCCACCUGGGGCCUCUCUGGGGGAGUCAGAGCAGGUCAGGUUGCUCACUGAACCAUUAUCACCCAGGAAGCCUGAGCCUCUGGGGCUGACCUACAUGUGAGCUCCUGACCAAAAGGAAAUCUUGGAAACAGAAAGAGGAUGCUACACUAUUUCAUCUCUGCUACCCAACCCAAGCAGACUGCAUCACAGUAAAACAGAACAAAACAAAAGGCUGGAAAAUAGCCCUGAGCAAUGUCCAAGGACAGGUGUUAGCGUCAGUGACAGCUCCUGGGGCCACCUGAGGAUGGAUAGGGGCUGGCGGGUCAGUAGCACUCUUGGCCCCCACAGUGGGUGCAUCUCCUGAGCCAGUGUGCAGGGCAGAUCUCAGAGACAUCUUAGGUUUCUACUGACUGGAGAGAGGCAGAGCCUUGCAGAGAAAGAGCCUGAGCAGAAUAUGCAACCUCCCCCUCCCCACCCCAGUCUCUCACAUUUUUUGGUCACAUUUUGCACCUUCAUCCUGUUUUGCUCAGGACCUGUGUUAUAAACCAGUAGGAGCUGGGACUGUGGCCUAGUAGAGCAUCCACACAGGCUCCACCAGGGUGGCUGUGGCCCUGGAGCGGGAAGGGCUGUACACAGAAAAAGUGUCUGCGUUUUUUGUUUUUUAAUAAAAAGAUGUUUUUAAAACCUUUAGGCUAAACCAAAACCAAAACCAAAAACCCUUCAGAAUUCUUUAUUCAACAAAAUCUGUUUUUGAGAAAUUGUUAGAACAAUAGAAAAACAUGUGUCAAGUUUUCUCUGCAUAAUAUUUGCUUUAUGAGUACAAUAACACAUGCAUUAUAUGUAUAAUGUUAUAUUAUAAAUCUCAAAUGCCUCUACUCAUUUUGGGGCGUAGCUGUUGAAUUAUUAUUAAUAAUAAUAAUAAUAUUAUUGGUGGAAGAAGAUCACACUAAGAUAUUAUUUUCUUGUUUCCAGUUAACAGACUUUUUUUUUCCUUGAUAUAUUUUGGUCUUAUCUCUGUACCAAAUAUCUUCUUGCUUAAGGUUAAAAAUUGUUUAUUUGCUGCUUUAUCCUCCAGUUCUUUAUUUCUUAUUUGAAUGUUACAGAUAAAAUUGUGAUAUGACCAUUUCAACUCUCUCUGAUGCAGCUGGAAGCACUAGACUACCUCUUAAGAGGUGUUUUUGUACAUCCUUUAGGACUUUUGUGGUUAAUUUUAAAGGUAACUUCUCUUUCUACAAUAAAUAAAGGCUCUACACCAGAUGACUUUAUAAAAAUGCAGUCCACCGUGCCACCAAUAUUAUUGUAAUGGUAAUGACUUGCCAUAAAACAAAGACAGA